AUGCUAUACAGCAGUCCUGAAGAGAGUAUGAUUUCAAACUCUUCAUUGUUUAAAGCAAUACUUUAUCGUCUCAAACGGACUGUGAUGGGUAGCGAUAGUAUUUUAUCUUAUACAGCAAUGAGAGACCUAUUAGCUAUGCAGAAUGAGGCUCAUAGACGCCUUACAUUUACUCAUUGGCCACAUAUGGAUUAUCAGUGGGCGACUCCUUCAGCUCUGGCUGAAGCCGGUUUCUAUUUCCCGUUUAAAUCUCCGCCGGAUAGGGUGCUUUGUUUUGAAUGUUUGGUUAGUUUGGCCUCUUGGGAACCAACUGAUGAACCGUGGAGUGAACACAUAAGGCAUUCUCCAUUCUGUACUAUGGUAUCAUCUCCAAAUUUAAGGGGUAUACCUAUCACUUUUUCAUGGGCAACAGAAACUGCGCAAACUCAAACAAUUUCCAGUGAUCCUAUUACGGUGCUUAUGACAACUACUUCAAAAGAUUUUACUGCAACUUCUACGCUUAACGGUGGAAUCACCAUAUGGGAUCUGUCAUAUUUUAAUAGACGUACUUUGGAAUUCAAUCUUGUCGAUGUGAUAAAUGCUUGUAUGUCUGCCGACACCAAAGUUGCUAGCGCAUCCCAAGUGGAAGUUCACAGUGGGUGUCUGCUUGUAUCCAACUCGUAUGCACCUGAAUUUACAAGUCUUCCACAACCUCCGAAAUUGCAUCAUUUGAUUUUAGGCUGUCGUCUACCAAAUUCUAUAUUUAAUGAACUAAACUCUUCAUUGAAUGGAAUUUCAUGCAGAAAUAGUACUAUCAAAGAAUAUGGGUCACAUAAACUGUGUCUGUUGAUUAUCCAAUUAAGUCCGUUAAACAGUGAAGAGGUAAUGUGGAUAUCAGAUUCUUUGAAAGCCGCAUCGACGUCUUCGUCGUCAACAUCAGCAACAGCAGCAUCAUUAUUUUCAUCAGCAUUUGAUCCUAAUAUAUCUUCUCCUCAUUCAGUGCCAUUAAAUCUCGUUGACUUUCUUCCAUUUAUUGGUCAUGGUGACUUAAUGACAGAGGAAGAUGAUGAUUAUGAAGAUAACUUGGAGGAGGUUGAUUCUGAUGUGUUGUCACAAGUGCCUGGAACUGACACUGUAGAGGAUUUGAUGAUACUGAAAACAGCUGAUGAUGGAGAUAUAGAUACUACUGUUCAGUCACCAUUUACUUCACAGGUUGGGUUUGAAAAGUUCUCAGAGAAUGAUUUCUACACAUAUCUGGGUCUAUCUGAUGUGGUUAAAGAAUUGAUAAAUAUGAAAAUCAUCGAACAUCAGUCCAAAUCUUCAAGUAAGAAAUCAGAACUGAACACGAUAUCAAAUGCUAGCACAUCUUACAAUGCAUUGACAAAAGAUUCUGAAACUAUGCAUUUCAAUCAUGAUGAAACAUCUGUUCCUCUGUCAUGUUCUCAUCAUACUAAACCAAAGAAGGUUAAUUGUAAGGGUGCCAUAAAAUUACCUACACUUGUUAGUGUCAUACAUUUAUUAGAUGUUGAGUAUUCUAAAAUAAAUGAUAAAUGCUCUGAUUUGAGUGUAUUAAAAAUAUCACCCUUACGACUUCGAACAUCUUUCAAUAGUUGCAAUUCAAGGUAUCCUCAUGGUGUACUUGUUUGUUGUGGCACUGAGAUAUUGUUAUCUCAGAGUGAGACCAAUGAGAGUCUAUCGACUGAAAAUGGAGAUCUAUUUUUGUUUGGAUAUGAAGCUUGUGGAGUUUCUUGGCAAUCUACUGAGUAUAAUUCAAUUCUUAGUAAAGAUCCACUAUUACAUAUCAAAUUACCUAAUCAUUAUUGUCCUAUAGAAAUGGAAGUAGUACAUAAUGAUGGUGACCUUCAUUAUUGUUCUUUAAAUCCUGUAACUCAUUCAGUUGAAUUAUCAAUCGAGUAUGGAGAGUCAUAUAAUUCUAUAAAAGAUGUCAAUUGUAUCAGUAGUCAUUCUAAGGAUAUAUAUUCAACUGUUGAAUCAAAUAAUUUAUCUAUUUGCUGUUUCUUACUCACUGUAUCUGGUUCAUUAUUACAAGUGAAUUUUUAUCGUAAUUUAUUAUGUGAUUGUCAAGUAUUAAUAUCUGAUUUGAUCUUAACAGAUAACAAAGAUAAUGAAAAUGUUGACAUGAAUACAUAUAAUACUAAUCAUUUAAUUACAUUUACAUAUUGUACUGGGCUUGGAAAUAUAUGUUUAUGUACAACAAAUGGUGAAAUGUAUAUAUAUCAACUUUAUAAUCAAGAAUUAUUUAAGUAUGAUAUGAAUCAACAGAAAAGAAUCAUUUUAUACAGUUCAAAACUACCUAUAAAUUUAAAUAAUAAUAAUAAUAAUAAUGAUAAUAAUAUAUCUCUUCAUGGAACAAUUGAUAGUUCAGUUAAAAAUGAUUCACUUCAUGAUUUAUACGCCUAUUAUAAUUCUCCAAUAGAUCAAUGCUUUAUUUUACAUCAAUUAAUUAAAACUAUCCCUGUUGAUAUACAAGUUCAAAUUACAUUUCCUGAUCAAAUUGGUUGGUAUAAAGUUGAUCUUCUACACUCAUUAUCAUCUGAAAAUAAUAAUAAUAAUAAUAAUCUUGAUGAUGAAGAUGAAAUUAUUAAUCAAAAUUAUACUUCAUCUUCUAUUGAAAAUAAAACAAUUCAUAUUCUUUCUAGAUUAGUUACACGUUAUUUACAACAGGAAUAUAAUAGGUCAUUACAUAAAUCACUAUCUAAUAAUUUUUCACAUAUUCUUCCAAUUACUUUAAAAUGUGCUACAUUAUCUGUUCAAUUAAGUUUAAAUGGUGGAUUAUCUGCACAUUUAUGGGAAUUUAAUAUUAAAAAAUAUGUUGCUUAUCAAGCUUUAACAAAAAAUUCACUAGAAAAAUCAUCUAAUAAUUCAGAUGAAAAGUGUACUAAUACUAUACCAAUUGAACUGAAUUCCACAACUAAUUCUAACAUUACUUUAUCAUUUGAAUAUAUACUUGAUAUUCGUCUACCACAAAUUUGUUUACUUUCACAUUUUAUAUUUCAUUCAACAAUGAAACAGUUUGAUGAGAUCAAAACACUACCAGAAGUCUAUGUAACACUAUUACGAAAAAAUAUCUCUUCUAAUAAUUCGGAUAAUUUUAUUCAUCGUACAUUUGAUUCCGUUAGCACAGAUAACACGAAGUUGAAUCCUCCAUCAGUUCUUGAUCAUGAUUUAAUUGUACAUGAUUUACGAGCUCCAUAUAUCGAUGAUGAAUCUGAUCAUGCAACUUCACCUGAUUUAGAAAGUGAAUAUAUUUUUAAUUUCAAUAAUGAAUGGUUAUCAAAUCAUUUGAAAGUUCCUGGACGUUUUCACCAAGUAUCUACUCAAAACACCAUAUCAUCUGAACGUCUUCGAGAAUUAGAUGGAAAUAUUAUUGCUGGUCCAUAUUUGUUAAGUGACUUUUUAGAUGUACACAAACGUUAUUGUUACAUGCCAAUCACCAGUUCAGAACUUAUAAAAUGUCGUUCACGUUUAUUUGCACUACAUAUUAAAAUUGUUGCUUCAAAAGAUAAGGUUUCUGGGGCUUCCGAUUCGCAGUCGACAUCAUGUGAAAAUGAUUCUUUGUUAUUAUCAAAUAUAUUUGCACAAAUUGGUUUAAGUGUACAUCAGUUUAAAGACCAUUAUGAGAUUCCAGUUAUUGCAUCAUCAUUAUCAUCUUCAGAUGGGAAGGGUUUUGAUCAGCCUACAGAUAAAAAUUUAAGGCCUUCACAAUUAUCAGAAAGUGAAAUUCCUCAUGGGAGAGCUCAGCGUUUAGCUAUUUUACGUUCUACUAAACUUCAUAGGGCAUGUUUUGAAUUUCUGAGUUGUAAUUCAACUUGUUAUAUUACUAAAUCGAGUCAUUUACUCACUGCAGUCUAUCCCAGUACUAUAUUUUCCAUUAUAUUAGACAUUAUGAAUUGGAUUAUUUUGAUAUAUCAUCAUGAACUAGAAUUUCCAUGUGAUGUUAUUGAAAAUUUACUAAAUAUGGCUGCUAACAGUUGUGAAAAUAUCAUUGAGAAUGUUAUUGUACACGGAGAUCGUGAGUGCACACAACUUGGCACAAAAUUCAUGUUCAGUUUACUCAGAUUAGAGUUUAUCUUUUUGAAGUAUGCUCCUCCAAGUUCUCCGUAUAAGAAGGCUUUACUUUUUCACAAACUACAAGAUUGUUUAUCUACUAAUCAUGGAAGUAAUGAUAAUAGUAGAUUAAUUCGUUGGUUGUUAGUUUGUCAAACAUCAGGUGGUUGCGAAACUUUACUAAAUCUGCUCGAUUUAAUGAUUUCAAUCUCAUCACAUGAAAAUAAUAGAAAUACAGAGGAUGUAAAGUCUAGAUUAUCACUAUGUAAUAGUCUGAAGAGUCUAAUGAGUGUAAUUUCUCUAUUUGGAGAAGAAUCUAAUCGUUUCAAACCGUGGUAUCAUCUCCCUGUAUGUCUUGGUCCUGUAUCACUUUUGAAUUUGCCUAUAUUCAAUUGGACUUAUUCAGGUAGUGAAUGCUUAAAAUCAACACCUACAAACCUUCAAGAAAUUAAGAUCAAGAAAUCAUUUACAACGAUUGUUACUGCUAGUAACAGUAACGGUAGCAGUACUCUACCGGUUGCAACAACUGCUGGUAGUAAUGUUAAUACUAAUAUGAAUUCUAUUCAUACAAGCAAUAUCAUUAACAAUUCUUUUAGUAAUCAUUUAAUCAAUUUGAAUGGUAUUUCUAUGCCGUCAAGUUAUAUAUCAUUUCUUAGUGGAUCAACUUUAGAAAAGUUGAAUACUUCUCAAAAAUUUGAUUCAAUUGAUAACUAUGCUGAAUCAUCACAUCAUCCAUUAUUUCCAUUAUGUAAUUAUUCACCUGAGGUAUUCAUGAAUUUAGCUGAUAUUAUCUCUUUAAUGCGAUACAAUUUCAUAACAAAUAUUGAUCCAUCAAUUAAUGUAAAGAAUAUUAUCUUACCAGAUUUACAAGAUUGGCCAUUAUAUGGUUUACUUGAUGUAGAACCUUUACAUUUUCCAUUGGAUAAGUUAUCAGUUCAGUUAAAUGAUGAUUGUGAAGUGGAAUGUGUUGAUUUUUUUACUGGAGAACUUCUAGGCAGCAGUGAACGCCAAGUGAGAAUUAACGACCCACAACUUAGAACUAGUGAAGGCAGUCAUCUCAUUUCCGCCUUGGCUCAUUUAACAGAACCAGUCGAAGCUUAUCAUCUUGUUAUAUCUCGUAUGCAUCCAGGUGCACAUCGGUCGGUUACUUUCAGUUCUCAUUCUUCGACUACUGAUCAUCAUUGUUCACCAGUGAAUUUAUUGACAGAUAUCAUUAUUCCAGUUAAUCCUUGUUUACAAUGCAUCACUCUAGAAGCUUUGUUAGAUGGACCAACAAACUGUCAAUCGAUGAAGACAACUUGUAAACCAUUUGCAAAAUUGAUCGCUAUAUCCACAGAUAUUAGGCAUUCAGCUUUAGUAUUACGUGAUAUUCAUCCACCAGUUGAAUUCACUCGUUUGCGUAUUUCAAUCGUUGCUCCAUUAGAUUGUUCUUACACUAAGGCUCGUAUUCAUCUUGGUGCAUAUUUUGGGCGAGCAGGUUUACUAAUGGAUUAUUUUAAUCCUCUCCAUAUUGUUGAUGGUGAUGAUCGUGCAUCGAAUUUAUUACUGUGCUUAGAAAGUGCUAUAAUGAGUAAAACAACAAAAUUCAUUACUGAACAACAAACUUUACUGAAUAUUUGGGAGGAAAAGGAGAAAAUACCAGAAUGUAAUAAAACCGGAAGUGAUAAGCAUCCAGAAAUGUCAACCAUGUCAGCUGAUAGUAGCAUGCAAAUAUCAUCACUGUACAGACAGUGUUAUAGUCUUCAGUAUCAGUUGAACUGGAUGAUACGUACAUUAAAUCGUCUACGGAAUAGACACUUUCCUGAAUUGUUUUGUGAAUAUAAAAGUCGGAUUUGUGAAUUGUCUAAUGAACAAUUGAGACAGAAUUUGUAUCCAGAUAAAGUGAAAUACAUCUUGGAACGCUGUUUACUCUGUCUACUUAGCCAUUCAAAUGAUCUAUUGACUGUAGCAAGGCCUUUAUCAUCGUCAUUAUCAUCACCACUGGUUGCAUCAAUGAAUAAUGAUACUAAUGCAUUCAUUCGAUUUGUUGAUAAGUGUUCUUCAAAUAUAUGGAACGAUAUGAUUAUUCAUGGAAGUCGAUCAAUGCAGAUACUGAUUGUUGGAUUGAUACCAGUUUUAACGAAGAUCCAUUGUCUUUUACCAGUUGAUUGUUCAUCAACUUCUUGUAGUUCUCUGUAUAAAUUUAUCAAAGAUUUCAAUGCAUUUAAAAAUCCAAAGAAAUUGUUGUCUCAACCACAACUCUCAAUAAUUCAUGAAUCCAGGGAACAACUUUUGUUUUGGGCAAUUAUUCAACGUCUCAUACACUUUGGAAUGACGGAUCGCGUGCUAAAUGUUUCUGUAUCAAUUCUACAGGAUAUAUGGAAUUCUGUGAAUAAUGAAAACAUUCAGUCUAUUAGUGAUAUUCUAUUGCUUAUUGAUAUAAUCAUGGAGAAUGGAUGUUCAUCUCUUCUCACUGUCCACAAGUCAUUAUACGGUCUGUUGGCAUCACUUGAUAUGCGUCGAUCUAGCUAUUGUGGUCAAACAGGACACAGUGGUCUAUUAAGAUGGCAUUAUUCCCAUCAAAUUCAAGAUAUAAACCGUCAAAAUAUGAUAUACCCUUAUUGUCAAACAAGAACUACAAGAGUCACAGAUGGUACUCAUACUUAUGAUUCACUGUCUCAGUAUCAGUUGUGUCUUGUUUCAUUUUAUCGUUGGAAUUUGGAACGCUUAGCCCACUUAUCAACUGAUUAUACCGCUAAUCGUGAUGAUCAUUACCAAGUCAUACGAAAAGAUUCAUUUCCAUUAGGUGCGUUAUUCGUUCGGCGGAAUAUUGAUUCACAGACAUCAGUACUAAUGAAAUCUUGUAUUCCAAAAGGUAUCCAGCAAUCGAAUACAUAUCCAAGUAAAUCUUUAAUCCCUCUAGAGACGUAUCAAAUUCCUCAACAAAGAUUUCUGUGUAUGUUUGGUGAUGGACAGUCUAUUCAAAAUGCUUUGAGUCAACUUUUACCAAUCUUGGUUAAUUUAGCAUUAAAAAUGUUGAAUAACCUUCUGUGUGUAAACAAAAUUGUUUCAAGUGAUACUAUCCUAUUUCAAAAUUGUUUUGUUAUAUGCCGUCUUCUUGGACGUAUUUGUUGGUAUCUUCCAGGUGAAAUAAUUCAUAAAAAUUUUAUCCCUGAAGGUGAUAUUUGUAAAUCUACUUUAUAUCAAUUCCUCUACAGUUUUUGUCGACGAAGUCAACAGUCAUCUCUAAUGAAUGACAUAAUUCUAGAAUGUUUAUGCCUUAUUCUCAAUUGUGAAAGUGUUCCUGAUUGCCCUCAAACUACCAAACCAGAUAAUUAUGGGAAUAGCGGAAGCGUUGAUCUUCAUAAAUCUAAAAAUAAAUCAUGGCCUUAUCCGAAUAACUUUGUGGUCAACUACGAUCUACAUCAAACUACAGAUGUGUUGUGGCACCUGUUACCAAAUCGAUUGUUGGCCAGUGCUUAUUCUGUCCUUGUCAAUCCAUUCAGUCAUCAUGAAAAUAAUCUAUGCGAUCAUAUUCAUGCAAAGAAAAGAAAUAAUGGUGUUGAUGAAAAAUCAUUUAGCGGUCAUUUUGUGUUGUGCGAAUUAUUCUCUGAUAGUAUCAAUACUCUUCUGGAUAAUUCCAAAUCACUUCGAUGUUGUUAUACAGUGCAUAUAAAUGAAAGUAGUAUGAUUCAUUCUGACCCAUGUCUCAUGAAUAUAUUGCAACUGUAUUGUGGAAUUGUUGGUGAGCCUAGUUUCAAACCUUGGAAAAUACCUUUGGAUUGUGAAAUUACUGAAAAAUGUCAAUGUCACAUCAAGAAUGAUAAUUUGGAAUUAAAAAUAAAAAUUACAAGCUUAAAAAAUAUGCUAGAAUUAUUAGAAAAUUUUGUCAAAUGGAUUCAUGAACAAGAUAUUCAACAUUCUGAUUCAACUUAUGUAAAGGAUACUACUUUUCUUCGAAGUUUGUAUACUCUUAGUAUUCAAUUUUUAGCCUGUGUAUCUGCUGACUCCUUAGAUACACGUCUAUUCAUACUUGAAUCAUCUAAUUUUGAAAUAUUUUUAAAUUCUAUUCUUACAGACUAUUCACUUCAAGAAGGCAUAAAUCGUUCAUGCACUUCAGCUUUAGAAGUACUUUUCACAUGGUUUGCCUAUUCUAAAGUAGAAUUGAUUGAUUCCAAUAUUCAUCCGUUUGAUAAAUUGUGUCUUCAACAGUUAAAUGGUCUUUUUUCUGAUGAAGUGACCAGUUCACCAUUGCCAUUUAUUCAGAAUAAUCUGCAUCAUUAUAAUAUAAUUCAAGGUCCACGUGAUUUACAAGCUGUUCUUUUCACAGCUAUCUGUUCACGUCUUAAACUGUUCGAAGAGAUUGACAAUGAAGCUUCUAUUCAGAAUAACAAUACUUCAUUUAUAUAUGAAAUUGGAAAAUGUAUUACUUCGUGUACUAGACAUACAAUGUCAUCUAUGCCUAUUGAAUAUCUUUUUAAGUUUGUUAAAAUUUUAUUCAAUUAUUUAUGUCAUCAUAUCAUUCAGUUAAAUGAACAAUUAUUAUCAAAUAUGAAAGAUGUUAAUGAACAAUGGAUAAAUCAUUUUGAUGGCUAUUUUCUUUGCUUCUCAUACUAUUCAACUGUAGUCGAUGAUGAAUAUGAAUCAUGGCAUAAAAAUUUCAUUCUAUGGUCAACAAUGGCUAGUAAUCAUAUUCAUCGACUGCAUAAUAUGAAUACUGAAGAUGUUUUUGAAGGCAGUAAUCCUAAUUCAACAUAUUCUUCACUGUUUAUUCAUCGAUUAACCUGUUGUUAUCUAUUUGGUGAAUGCUCUGACAGUACUGUCUAUUCAAAAAUAUUAUCUAAUUCUUUGUAUAAUGAUAAGUGUUUGGGUUUAAUUCUUGGUAAUCUAUGCAAAAUUGUAAUGAAGUAUUCAAGCACUAGUUAUAAGCGUGAAGUGUAUAGAUAUUUCAUUGAAAAUACAACAUUGUUUUUAUCAUCGUUACGUCUUGCUCAUGUGCCUUCUACACUGGGUACAAUGGUUACGCUAUCAUGUCUUAUAAACGGUUGGAAAACACUGAAACGACUAGCUGAUUUAAUUAUUACUCACUUUAAAGCUUACAGUGUAUGCGAUUGGUUGUUUUAUUGUGUUUACACUACCAUGACUUAUUUGGAUUCCACUGAUCCUUCUUCUUCUUCGUUUGCUGAUGAUGGUAUUAUUACCACCGUUAAAACACAUCUGAUACAAUCACUUUUAAGCUCUCCUCUGUUGAAUUCAUGUUCACUUUUUCUGUUAUUAGCUGUAUGUCUUACAACUGAAGUGAAUUUAUUCUCUGAUAAUAAAUAUCCCAAUGUUAUAUUCAAUGCAUUUGUUAGUGAUACUUGUAACUUAUCGAUCAAUGGAAAUCGAAAAUUUUGUCCAAUUUCUUUGUGUUCCACCAACACCUCUUCAUCAGAAUAUGCAAAACUGUCUAAUAUCAAUGUAUGUGAAUUAGGUCAAGCUGUGUUUCAUCAAUCAUUAAUGCAUAACAUACCAUGUUAUCAACAAAAAUCAUCAUUGUUAAAUUUUCAAUAUUUAACUCAUUCUCUGCCUAUUGGCUUGUUUGGACCAAUCAACAUUUUCACACAAUCUUCAUCCGACUACUGGCAAACUGUAGUCAACUUAAAUUAUCCAUGUAAAAAGGAUAAACAAACAGCAGAGAAUAAUUGUCAUUGUGCAGAUACACUUCAAACAUAUCAAAAUUUAAGUAAAAACAAUGUUCUUACAAUAGAUGAUGAUCAUGAUAUCGAUGACAAUCGAACGUUAAAAAGUCGUCAAAGAAACACUUUAAUUGAUUUUGCACCGAUAGCAUUAAUUUAUUCAGAAAUAUUGGAUGAACAGGUGACAUCAUUGUGCAAAACAUUAUCAAUUAUUGGAAAUCAUAAUUGUCAAAGUAUUGUUUUCCCUAUGUAUUUAGGAUCCAUUACAUAUACAUCUGCACCGAAAAUACAUGAUACGCAUUUACUAGAUAAUAAUCAAAAUAAAUCUAAGGAGAACAGUAAUAAUAAUACCGAGUUUUCAAAUAAAACACAAGAGAAAUUCAACUUAUCAGAGUUAUUAAAAACAAACUUUACUUUUCGGAGUAAUGAUGAAUCUUUACAAAUUGUUGUUAGAUUACCAUAUUUAGUUCAAUUGGAAUGUGUACAUUUAUCAGUGAAGAAUUCAGCUAAAUCAGCUAGUCCUGCAGCUGUUGAGGUUGAACUAUAUCGUGAUUUACCCGGUGCUUCUCGACGAUCUUUUGUGAGUGCACAUAAAAGUGGCAACUUUCCAUCAACCAACUCGUCCCAUCCAAACUCAUUCCCUUCAUCCUCAAAAGCAUAUACAAUUACUUUCUCGCCACGUUUGGUGUCACACAUUCUGAUAAGAAUUUAUCGUCCUGCCAAUCUCAAUAAACGUCUUCAUAUGAAGACUUUACGUGUACUAGGACGAUAUGCAGAUGACAAACGAUUUUACGAAGAUGUUUUUGCAAAUAUUUCAGAGAAUUCAGACAGUUUCAGUAUUGGAAACCUAUCCCACAGUAGAAUGAGACCUACUGUUCUGCUCCAUUUAAUUCAUAAUGAAAUUAUUUCACAACCAUUACCGGAUAUUUUUUAUUCACAAUCAUUCAUCGAUUCGCUUAUACAGUGCUUGUAUACUGUCAGCUUAGAUAAACAGUUGUCAUGGCAUACAUGUCAAUUAAUACAAAUGGUUUCAUGUCAUCAAGAAAUCUUUGAAAUCAUUGGGCGUUUAAACAAUAUGAUUGAUGAUUCAUCUAGACAUACAGCAAUCCAGAAUGAAUGGUUUCAUCCAUUGAAUUCAUAUAAUUCUUCAUCGUCAUCCUCUUCUCAUUCUUCUCGCUUUCCUCAUACCUGGAAUUCAUCUCCUUCAUCAGCUGUUAUAUGUGAACGUAUUUUACUCGGAUUACUAAUUAAUAUAAAUGAUGACUGCAGUAGUCUUGCUGAUUAUUUAAUCUCAAAAUUACUGAAAGAAAAUACAAUACACUUUGAGAAUGUGUCAUUUAGAAGUGAAUCAAUGGUGAAACAAGCUUGCACAGGUGUUAACGAGUUCAAUACAGCCUAUUGGUGUGGUCCAAUGGCUGCAUUGGCAUCUACUCCCAAUCAGCGUUUAUUCAUAUGGCUGUGUUUACACCAAGAUGUUGGACAAUCUGUUCGUAUUGAACGUGUCAUUAAUUCUUUAAGUCAUUUACAUGAAUCUAUUAUAAAGCAAGCGAGUAUUUCUCUUGACUUUGAGUUUAAUUAUUGGUCUCAGUUACUACUUGUCUUUUCAAGUGUGCUAUGGAGUCUGGGUGAUAGGACAAAUGUGGUGACAGAAGCUUCUCAGUUUUGGCAAAAAUCUGUGACAGUCGAUUUAAUUAGUUCCGUAUAUGACUUAUGCACUUCACUCAUGCAGUAUUGUCAAAACGGUGUACCUAUGGAAGGUGAUAGUGAUGGUGAAAUCAGACAGUUCACUGAAGCUCUAACUGGUUUAUUAUGUUCGUUAUGCUCAAUUCAACCAAACGCUGUUGCUGUACUCUUAUCAAAACUUUUAAUAGUUCCCAUACCUUCUACAGAGCACCAGUAUCAUGAACGGUCGUUCAACAUUCAACUAAAGAUAUUCAACUCAAUUUUUUCAUCUGAUCAUAUUGUCUACUCUGUCUUCCCUACGAAUUCAGCAACUGCAUCCGAUAACUUUUUCUAUAAUUGUUGCAUUUGGUUAACAGACUAUUUCUCCAGCUAUACUUCUUCGUACUCUUCCACAAUUUCUUCAUCUGUCUAUUCUGCUCUCAGACGUCUACAUAUUUUGACGUAUUUCAUGCAGUCGAAUCAAUCAAGUCUACUAAGGAUAACACUUGGUAAACUAAUAUGUGAUCAUCUUCUACCUGUGAUAUUUUCAACAUUCACUUCGAUAUCAUUGCAUAACUCCUGUACUCGUCAUCUUAAUUCAAAUAUGUAUGAGUUUUGUAAACUACAAGAAGCAUGUAUCACUUUAUAUCAAACUCUUAGAUCGGCAAUAUCCUUUCAGAAGUCAUCUGAUCCGUUGUUGAAUGAAAAUCAACUUAUAGAAAAUUCAAGUGUUUAUGUUAUUCGUUCGACUGAGCUUCUUAUUAAAUCAUUUAAAGAUUGUUUUUCAAAUCACAGGGAUUUAGAGGCCAAUUUAACUCAAAGGAUUAUUUCAAAGUCAUUCAAUGGAUUUCUGGAUUAUUGGGAGAAUAAGAAUGAUAAUGUUGAUGAUUCACUCUUGAAGGAUAAUAUUUAUCGCAAAAAUGAUAUUGCUGUUGAUGAUGAUGAUGAUGACUUGAACACAUGGUUAAAUAAUGUUGAUUCUUCGUGUAUUGCUGUCUUGUUAAGGCAAAUAUUAUCCUAUCUAUCUACCUACCAAAAACAGUUAAACAAAUUGGGACUUAUCGGAUCGACUGAAUUGAAUUACCAAUCAAGAGAAAAGUCUACAGAAAAGGCUUCUGAGACAACCAUCAACACACAAUCUGACCAUCCUAGUAAAGGUCUAACUCGUCAGUUGUCUAUUCGUUAUCGUAGUGGAUAUAAACAUAUUGAAAAGGAUUUAAUAAACACAACUAAUUUAUUAUUCACUUCUAAUGUAUCAAAGUAUAAAGAUGAUAAAAGUAGUAAAUUAUAUUCACUUGGUAAAAAUUCUAAUUAUUGUAGAACUUCUAAAAUUUAUGGAAUAUUACAACUAGGAUGUGGCUUUUACGAUCAAUAUGAUAAAGUUGAUGAAGAAGAUAAGAAUACACUUUAUACACUAACAGAAAGUGAUGCUGAUAAUAAUGAAGAUAUUAGAGAAGAUAAUGAAGAGGAUGAUAAUGAUGUUGUCAAUGAAAGUGUAGAAGAAUUAUCAGAGAAUACUGAUAACAAAUCACAAUUAACUAACAGUAUUAAUAAUUCAUAUAUAGAUGAAGAAACUGAACUAGUGAAUCAAUCUAAUGAAAUAAGUGAUCAUGAUUCAUUACUACCAUUGAAUAAUGGUGAUAAUGAUGAUGAUAUUUCAAAUGAUCACUUAUCUAUUCAUCAAUUUGAAAGUAAUGAAGUUAAUAAAGAGAUAACUAAUACACAAUUUAAUUGUUCAACGUCUAUAAAUCAAGAAAUAUUGACUACAUUAAUAAAUAAACUAAGAAUUACGUUAAAAAUAAUAAAAGUAAUAUUGAUCUAUCAAAAGUCUAGUAUAAUACAUCAAGAGUUGAAUUAUCAUCAUCAUCUUGAUAAUUCAGGUGGUCAAUCUCCAAAUGAACACUAUAUCAAUGCUUUAUUUGACCUACAUUCAAAUGAAGGUGACGUAUCAUUAUUAAAUAAUCGGAUAGUAUCAACUAGCUCUUCAAGUAACAAAGAUUAUUGUAUAGCCUUAAAAAGUAUACAGUUUCGUAUGAUCAAAUUCUUUUCACUCCCACUGAAUAGCACUAUAUCUCUAUUGGUGCCGCAUGCAUACGCUGAUUUAUGUGCUCAACAUGAGGGUUUGCUUUUAGCUGAUCCUAAUAAAAAAAAGUCUUCUGAUAAUAUAACUCCGUCUUCUUCCUCGUCGAAUGUUCCACCUUCAGGUCAACUUAGCAAGCUGUCGUCAUUAUCAACUUCAAAAUUAAAAGUUACUCCAAAAGAUCGAUCAUUACAUCAAUUACAACGUCUUGCUCAAGAAAUUCUAACUUUGAGUACUAGUUUACCAUUAUCAGAGAAUGCUAGUGUGUUUAUCCGAUGUGAUGAAAAUCAUUUAUGUUUAUUAAAGGCAUUAAUUACUGGACCACCUGAUACACCUUAUGCAAAUGGUUGUUUCGAAUUUGAUAUAUACAUCCCUUCAAAUUAUCCAUCUCAGCCUCCAUUAGUUGAAUUUCGUACAACAGCAAAGAAUACAUUCCGAUUUAAUCCAAAUCUCUAUGAAGAUGGAAAGGUAUGCUUAUCAAUAUUGAAUACGUGGCAUGGAUCAGCUCAAGAACGAUGGAAUCCUGAAACAUCUAGUUUACUACAAGUAUUAGUAUCAAUUCAGUCAUUGAUUUUUGUCCAUGAACCCUACUUUAAUGAACCUGGCUUUGAGUGUAGUAUGGGAACACCUAAAGGUGUAAUCAUGAGUUAUAAAUACAAUGCUCGUAUUCGUGCUGCAACUGUUCGAUGGGCUAUGAUUAAUCAACUGAAGCAUCCACCAAUUGGCUUUGAAGAAGUAAUUCUAAAGCAUUUUCAGCAAAGACGUUCUUCGAUUAUUUGUCAAGUUGAACAAUGGAUAUCAGAGAUGCAUAAUCAUGCACAAUUUAAAGGGAUAGAAAUUUAUGUCAAGGACCUGGAAGAUUCUUUGCUGAUCUUAAAAUCUGAACUUAAUCAACUGGAAGAACGUCUAAGCAAUUUGGAAACAAUAACCUAACCUAAUUCACUUUUGAUUGGUUCAUAAUUCUUGAGUAAAACUAUUUCAUGUGAUCCUCUAUAACCUAACUGGUACAUUUUUUGAUGAUAUCUAUGGUUUUUUAUUUAUAUUACGUGUGCGUAGUUCAAGCCUUUCUCUCUCCCUUUCCUUAUCUCUAUAUUUUUUUAAUCACUGUGUAUAUGAACAACUGCAUACACAUUUCUCCUUUGCUUUACUUUACUUACCUCAAAUUAUCUUCUUCCGAUAAAAUUGUCUAUACUUUUGGCAUAUCGUGAAGAUUUCAAUUCUCUUCGAUAUCUUGUAAAUCAAAUUUUUAAGGAGAUUAAUAUAUAUACUCUUAAAUCUUCGAACGCCAAGGGUUAUAUAUUCUGAGCGAAUAUAAUACGCAAGCUUAGCUGAUAACUAACUUAGAACGCAAAAGCCACUGACUGCAACCUCGGGACGAAUAGAGAAAAAAACCUAAAUUGAAUUGAAAGAAGCAAAAGACAGGUAUGCAGGAAGGAAGUUUAUUGUCAACACGUGGGACAGUAGUCGGUAAAAAUAUGGUACAUCUUGCACUAAAACCGUCAUUUGCAAAAUAUGCCUCGUUUCCUCUUCUGCUUUUUUCUUGAUUUGCUCUUCAUAUGCCUGCCUUGUCUCUUGCGUUUCUCUUGGCGGUAUCCUUACCCAUUGCUGGUAAUUCCCUAUGAUUUCUGCCACCCUCUCAACACAUACUACUUACAUCCAUUCUUAUCAUCAAUGCUCACAACGGGAUGAUAGGAGAGUUUAUUUCUCUGAGAUUAUAAUAAUAACAACAAAUCCCGAAACACGUGAAUAUGUACACACAUGAAUAUGACCUUGUUUACAAUUUGAGACAUUGGGAUGGUAAGAGUAAAGAUUUACCAAUCAGCGAAUUACAUUACAAUGGGUGCAGAAAAUAAACUAGUCAUACCGUAAAAAACGGUAUGUGACUGACUAGUGUGUACGUGUGUGAACGUUCUCGUAAUCUAUUUUUAUGCUGUCAUACAAGCGUUUUGGGUUUUGCCUGUUCCUUAAUUGUAAUAUGCAUUCUUCAGCUGUUGGAUGCAAUACCCAGUUGUUAGAGCUAAUGUAUACGUUACAACUAAAGUUUUAAUACCUCCGCGGUGAAGAUGAGUUUUCUCCAUGUUUGGAAAUACUUCUUGCUAAGAUGUGAGACUUAUCAUAUACAUCUGAAUGGUGGUGAAGUUUAUUGUAUCACAAUGCUGAGCUACACUUUAUCCUUUGCUUUUUGGACCCUGAAUAACUCGGUGUUAUAUUCAGCGGGAGAAUUUCUUAGUUAGCAGAAUUCAUUGGUCAGAAGGUGUAGAGUUCAACAUCAUUUGCAUUCAAGAGCAUUUCAUCAAUGGGUUGAUUAUCUGGGACAAUUUGCUGCACCUUCACUAUCGCUUGUUUAAUAGUGUAAAGAAGCAAG